AUGGUGAAGCUGGGAGACCAGGGAUGGUGGAGACUGGGAAUACUGGCACAGAUACCUGGCUCUCAAGAUGUCAGAAGUUUGACUGCACUGGUCCAUGCCUCAGAAAAAUCUGCAAACAUUGCUCGUGCUUGCAAACAGGAGGAGGCGCUCUUCGGCUUUUGGUGCAGGAGAAAAAAGGCAACGAGAAAAAUAAGAAAUUUUGUUAGCGAUUUCAAAACAUUGGCAGAUGUGUUGGUUCAAGAGGUAAUCAAACAUGACAUGGGAAAAAAAUUUCCAGGACUGGAAGAUCACAUAUUUGGUGAAGAAUCAAAUGAAUUCACUAACAGUCUGGGAGAAAAGAUUAAAGUUGGAGUGUGUGCAACAGAGGAAGAUACAGCAGAGUUGCUGAGCAAAGUGCUAAAUGGUAAUAUGACAGCAGCUGAACUAUUGGCCUCAAUUGUUCACCGUGAUGUCUCCAUUGAAGAUCCAGCAUUGGAAAAGUUGACAACAGAAAUUCCCCAGGAUACCAUGGCUCUUUGGGUAGAUCCUAUAGACUCGACAUUUCAAUACAUAAAAGGAUAUGCUGACGAGAAGUCAAAAGAUGGAAUAUACUCCAAAGGCCUUCAGUGUGUAACUAUUCUAAUCGGAGUAUAUAACAGAAGUUCUGGGCUGCCUAUAAUGGGUGUCAUCAACCAGCCAUUUGUAACCCGUGACCCAGACAGUCUCAGGUGGAGUGGACAGUAUUUCUGGGGGCUUUCGUAUAAAGGCAUCAACAUAUGUUCACUACAAACUGAUGUAAACGCUGCUACUCAACCAGCUGAUGACCAGGUUGAUGUUUCAAGGCAGAAAGAGGAGAUGCAAGAUGGAGACGAUAAUUUGUCCGCUGUCAUUAGUACAAGUGAAAGUGAGAGUAUCAAGUCAGCAUUAUCGAUGCUACGAUUGUACUACGCUGCAGGUGCUGGCUACAAGAGCCUCUGUGCCGUGCAAGGUUUUGUCAGUGUCUACCUUUUGUCUGAGGAUACCACUUUCAAAUGGGACUGCUGUGCACCGCAUGCUAUACUGAAGUCCCUGGGAGGAGGUAUGGUAGACUUUCGAGAAUGCUUGAAAAGAAGAAAACUUGGUAAUCUAGAUGAACUUCCUGAACUGGUGUAUAAUACGCCAGUGAAUGGGGCUACAGGGGCAGACAGAUGGGCCAAUAAGGGAGGCUUAGUAGCUUACAGGUGUCGUAAGCAUUUGGACACCAUCAUGAACAUCAUUUCCAGCGUGAACCCCUGAUAUCAGUGACCACUUUGUAACUGACAUUCCAUUUUAAGAAAGCAUAUCUUAAGCUAUUAAUAUGUAGUUAAACUAUGGUUUGUGUGUCAUUUGGAUCGCACAUGACUCAGCAAUAAAACAAAAGCAAAGUA